AUGGUUUUAGACUUUCCCAGCUCCAUCAUCAGAGUGACGGGUGCAACGACUGUGUCAGCAGCGGCAGCAAGCACCCGGAUUCCUCUGCCGUCUGGAUUUAUGUUUGGCAAUAGCUACACCAACUACACUGAUCUCUAUGUGUCGCGGAACGGCUUCACGUCGUUCACCGGCUACAACGGUGCACAGGCGUUCAACAACACGUCGGAACACGACGCCAUCGUGGCCCCGUUCUGGACAGACCUUGCCAAUGUGUCGCCCACAGAGGGGACCGUAACGACAGCCGUUGUAACCAGCACCUUGCAUUCUGCUGUCAUGGCAAGUAUUAUGAGCGUGGUGAGAAAGGAGCAUCAGCCGACACACUCGUUCCGGCCGAAAGAGGCCGUCAUCAUCACCUGGCAUAACCUGCAGUCUAGUGCCGACGUCACGAAGAAGAAUACGUUCCAGACCAUACUGGUCAGUGACGACUGCCAGUCGUUCGCCAUCUUCACCUACCCGCACACCGGUCUCUCCUACAGCGGCAGUACCACCAGGCCGGCGUACAUCCUAGCGGGAACCACACAUCACCUUGAAUCCGGCUCCGAAUCCGCUCACAAGAUAUCCGCAGCAGCGGAAACCCAGAAGGUCUACAAGCUCACGCCCGGCUGCGGGCCGAAGCGGCAGGCGGAGCUGUGCCUGCAGCUCAAGACGCUGCCGUCGUCGCACCUGUCCUACGUCACGGUCAAGUGCCCGGCUCUGCGCGACACGGUCGUCGAGUCUCUGCUCUUCCAGCCGUACAAGCGGCAAUUUGGCAGCAACUGCUAUCGGACAGCUCCGAUCACCGGUCAGGACACCAACGCCAAGCUUGCCAGUAUCUGUUGCUAUGACGACAAUGGUGGCGUCAUUACCAGCGGUGCGGCGACUGCGUACGUGAUGUAUUACCAUGACGACGACGACCGGCUGCUGGCGUGCCACCAUGCCGGACGGCUGGCGUUCUUCUUCAGCAACCGCCUCUCACCGCUGGAAACACAACAGCGUACUACACUCAAGCAGGGCUAUGUGUUCGGUGACCCGCACGUGCGCACGCUGACCAGCAAGGAUAUUGAGUUCCAGCGCAGCGGAGAGGUAACCCUAGCCCAGACCGCGGUGAACAUGUAUGGAAUACAAACGGAGAUGGACGUGACGGGAAGACUGCAGGAAGUGCCGGCAAACACACACUCUUAUACCUCCAUCACCCGGGUGGCCAUAACAUUGACCGUUGGCGGCACCGUGGAAACGUACGAGGUGUUUGAAAAGGACAGCGAGCUGAAGGUCUACCGCCAGGGCUUCGACAUCUUGUCGACUGUCGUCGCCAAUCAGGUUCAUGGUCUGUCGAUGGUCGAUGGCGUACUUGUAGCAAGCAACGGGGCUGUUGGUGCCUGUGUGGUCUUGCAAUACGCCAGUGUCCUGGCUGUUGCAUUUCAAGUGCCUGGGAACGUGGGUGCCAGCGUUACUGGCCUGUGCAACAUUGAUUCUCAAUUGCCCUCCCUGAACCUCGCCAUACCGGUGAACAUCGACUUUGCCAAGCAACUCUACCAGGUGCCCAUGACAGCUAGUCCGUUUGUGUACACCGACGGGCAAGGCUACGCUCACUUCAACCCAUCGACGCCGAUCACCUCGCAGGCGUCGGCGACCGAUCUCAUUAGCGGCGUCAGCGAGCAGGUCAAGAAAGCGUGCCAGGGCUCUACGGCGUGUCUGGUGGACGCUGCCAUUUCCAACGAUGUUCAGUUUGGCAUCAAGAGCCGGGAUGUUCAGACGUCGCUCGUUGCCAAGGAGAAGAAGAUUGGUCUUACUCCGCCGAUCAUUGAGAUCAACCCGCCCAUCCUGCAUGCUACCUACCAGCAGACAUCGUAUGUAACGGUCACUGCCGUGGCGUACACCGGCCGCACCAUCUACAACAUCACGCUUCAGAGCAUCAGCGGCAUCUCCGCCGGCCACAAGGUGACCACCGGCGCGUCCUCACUGACCUUCCAGUGGACACCGGCUGUGCGUAGUCCAUCCGUUGCCUCCGUGGUGUUCGCCGCCGUCGACUCCAGCGGACAGUUGACCACGACGGCGCUGCGCAUCACCCUAUGUAGCUGUCACGGCACGUGCAUACCGGAGCUGGAUGCCGUCAAUCAGUUCACAUUGCUGAAGUGUGGCACAUGUGACCGGGGUAAGAGAAGCAACGUAUUUUCCCGGAUACAAGUCACACCUUUUUACACCAAACAACACUCUGAUCUGCAAAUGGUAAAAAAACCCAGUGCACAUUACAUUUAUUGA